ACCACUACCAUUAUAGCUCCUCCUUUAAUAACAAAUCUUUAAGGGGGUGUUUGGCAUGUGGGAUUUGAGGAAGGGAGUGGGACUUUGUCUAAAAAAUAGUUCAAGUUCUUGUUUGUUUAAAAGAAAUGGAGAUAGGAAAAUAAAACUAAAAAAGAAGAAAAUCUCCAAGAAAAAUAUCUUGGAAAAGGGUAAUUGGAAGAAGCUCAAAGAACAAAGUAAUUUUUUAGCUUUUGCAGAACACCCAGAUUGUACAAAUGGCGGAAAAUUAAUGGAUGCAUUUCAUGCAAUUUUUCAUAUUUGUAGGGAGUGUCAUGAUCUUGCUAUGAGGUAUAUUAAUGUAUCUUACAGUGGGAAGUUAUUGAUGUGGAGUGAUUUGGAUAAUGUAAUUUCUAAAUUGGAUUAUGUUUAGAAAAACUUUCUGCAAUUUUUAGGGAUUCUGGUGUUGUUACUGAAAAUCUUGCAUUAGUUGUUUUGAAGCAAAAUUUGGGAGUUAGUAGAUGUUACUGAAGUAGGGGUGUAACAUAUUUAAAAUUCUUAAUCAUAAUCUUUCGAUUAAUUAUUUCGAAUUUUUAAUUCAAAGCUCUAAUCCUUUGA